UCCCUUUACCCCUUUCAGAUGGAAACUGCAGUUCGGUGCAGUUGAAGUGUGUUAUUAUCAACUUGAAGGAGGGUGACAAGUCAUUAUGACUUAGAAAAAAUUAGUGACCUCGAGUUAAGAGAAGAAGGGGAGGUGGAGGUGCAUUUUUAGGAAAUAUUUAGGUAGCCUCAAGGAUUGUUGAAUCGACUUUCCGAAGAAAGUACCAUGCCUGGUUUAACCUGCUUUGCAGCUGUGGAUGUUCCACAGAGCCGGUCCCUUCGGAAGCCAUUGGCUUCUUGUCUGCAGUUGGGGUCUUUAUUGUUCUUCUGGCUGUCCUCUUCCUCUUCAUCAGCAAGAAGCUGUGUUUUGAAACGAUAGGAGGUCUUCCAUAUCUGGAGCCACGAGGAAAAAGAAAGCACUCUAAAGACAAGACUGGGAUCCGUGAAGGCCUGGCUGAGAAGUUUUGAGAGUGAAAUAUUCACAGCCAUUAAGAGACCUCCAAUUUAAUUUCUCAUCAUGCUUAUUCUGUAGUUCACAUUAAGUCCAGAGUACUGAAGGAACUGACAAGUGGACUUGUAGACAUCAGAUAGCUGGUCAUGGUGUUGGCCAUGGCAUCUCAGGAUGUUCAGAACUUCUUCCAGCCUCUCUCUUCCUGGAUAUCUCGGGUUUAUGAAGCUCUCCAGCAAGCAGGAGAUACACUAUCUGCUUCGCUGGUUAAUUUGAGCAAACGAGACUCUAAAUUGAGUGACAACCUAGACCAGAACUUAGAUGAUAUUCAGAUUCAGGAAACCUACUUUGAAGAUGAAGAACAAGGCAAUGAUUGGAGUCAAGAAGACGCAAAUUCUUUGUUUCUUGAAGUGGAUCAUUUCUCCUGUUGUAAUAGUGAUUUGCAGGACUCUCCCCAAGGUUCAAGCCCCAGACUUAGCCAACAUGCAAAUGGAAAGGACUCAUGUUCCAUAAUGUCCCAGUGGCCCAAUCAGACCCUUGAUGACCAAAAGCAACCACAUGUGCUUUCUUCUAUUGCUGAGGAAGAACAUCACCUUGAAAAGCAAAGGAAUGGCCUUCAACAUGGCUUUGACAGCCAGCUCUCUGAUAUUUUAGAAAAUGUUAAUGGAGAAAAGCAAGUUGACAGCUUUGGAGAUGAUGGAGAGCCGUGCACAUCUUCUGACAGUGACGAGGAGGUGAUCAAACAAUUUGAGAUUUCCGUGUCGCGGUCCCAGAGUUUCCGUUCAGGAGCAUCUGAGAAAGGAAAGCAGACAAGAUUUGAGCAGAAACCCAAAUUCAGCUGCUUGCUUUCUACCCACGAAGAGGAUGGCACAGAAGUGUCUGCUUGUGGAGAUUUGGAUGGAACCAGCCAACAGAAUUAUUCUGAGGAUCUGUCUCAUGGUGAAGAUGACCCCACUGCUGUCCACUCACAGUCAUUCCUGGGUGAGGUGGGGGAUACCAGGCACCAUGGUGCAUCUCCCCAAGAGACCAAUGAGGUUCACAGCCUCCAGCACCGGUCCACAGAGGGCAGCUUGGAGAUAGAGACAGCGUUCAAUAACCGGGGAUUUGAAGAUUCCUAUGCCACCGACAGCUCUUCCAUGUGGAGUCCAGAGGAACAGGAUGGGACCAAUUUUCAGGCACCAUCUGGGGUCCCAGAGCCCAUCUCAAAAUGUGGUGACCUAGAUGUCAUCUUUGAAUAUAGAGCUGCCAGCCAGAAGCUCACAGUGACCGUUGUGAGAGCACAGGACCUCCCGGAUAAGGACCGAAGUGGUGUCAACUCCUGGCAAGUUCACGUAGUGCUGCUGCCCAGUAAGAAACAGAGGGGCAGGACAAGCAUACAGCGAGGCCCCAACCCUGUCUUCAAGGAGAAGGUCACCUUCACCAGGCUGGAGUCCAGAGAUGUGCCUACCUGUGCUGUCCGCUUCCGCCUGUACGCUGCCCGCAAGAUGACCCGUGAGAGGAUGAUGGGAGAGAAGCUGUUCUAUCUCAGCCACCUGCACCCAGAAGGGGAAAUGAAAAUGACUCUGGUUCUGGAGCCAAGAAGUAAUAUCAGUAGUGGAGAGUCUCUGCUCAGCCCAUCUGCAGUUUCUCAAAGUGAUAGUGCUUCAUCCACGCAGUCGCUGUCUCAUGGAGGGGCGCCAGAGCUGCUGGUGGGGCUGUCCUAUAAUGCCACAACGGGCCGAUUAUCUGUGGAAAUGAUCAAAGGCAGCCAUUUCCGAAACCUCGCUGUUAACAGAGCACCAGAUACAUAUGGAAAGCUCUUUCUCCUCAAUUCUGUGGGUCAAGAGAUGUCCCGCUGCAAGACAUCCAUUCGACGUGGUCAGCCCAAUCCUGUCUAUAAGGAGACCUUUGUUUUCCAGGUGGCCCUCUUUCAGCUCUCUGAUGUCACGUUGAUGAUUUCCAUUUAUAACAGGCGUACUAUGAAGCGUAAAGAGAUGAUCGGUUGGAUUGCUCUGGGCCAAAACAGUAGUGGAGAGGAGGAACAAGACCAUUGGGAGGAAAUGAAGGAGACCAAAGGUCAGCAGGUCUGUAGAUGGCACAGCUUGCUCGAAUCCUAGGUUUGCCAACAGGCAUUUGUGUGCUACAUCCGCCCUGCUGACCCGUGUUUUGACUACUGAUACCAACUCAGCGCAUGCUGGCAGGCUUUUUAGAGACAGGUUUUCAAAUAGGGAUUGGAUUCUACUAACCUUUAGGACAUUCUGGGAGUGGGGGGAUCUUUGGGUUUGAUUUGGAUAUAAGUAUUAUAAUUUUUUAAAAUUCUACAAAAACAGUCAACUGUAUGGAAAAUGUUAACUUAGUUGUGAACAGUGAUGAUGAGUUAAUUUGUGUUAAUAGGUUACUGAGUUUUGGUUCAGGCUGUGGAAUGAAGCUUCUCCUGCCGUCUCUGUUUGCUUGAAGAGUAACCUGCGAUUGCUAGGGAGCUGUUAAAUGUUACUAUUUGCAAGCACUUAUGUGUAUGAAUCAGAAUUUUCUUAGUACACUGCAAAACCCCCAAAACACAGAAAUGAAUCAGACACCGAGGCUCAUAGAAGAAUGUAACUGCCAUCCAUAAUCCACUAUUUCACAUUUUUCCCUUAGUGAAAAAAAAAAAACCACCACCCUAAUUUAUUUACCUAACAAAUAAGUGUUAUAAACUUGCACUUAUAGAGCAAAUCUGUAUUAAUUAAAUACCUCUUUUUAUCUCACAUAUAUAAUGUAGUUUCAUAUGAGAUUUGGUUAGAUGAAUCAUUUUGAAUCUAAAAAAGUUCAAAAACGACUGUUGAAAGACAACUUGCCUCCUUUUGAGUAUGUAAGAUUUCAAAUUUGCAACUUGCAAGAUUUUUAUGCUGUUUUUCUCACCUAAUAAAUUCCUACAGAAUGAGAAGAAAACCAAAAAACCUAUUUAAUUCAUGAACUUAUUGAUUUUUCUGAAUCUAGAGUUCUCCUUGUAGAUUAUAGUUUUUCUAUAUUCAGUAAUAUAUACUCAUACAUGUAUUUGAAUGUAUGCUUGCAUGUAAACCAUACUGUUUUUAUGCAAUAUUUUCCAUCAUUAGCAUAGCAAAUUGUACACAAUGGGUCUUUAAUAAAUGUUGAUUUGACUUAGAAAUGAACAUGUUAUAAUACCUGUGAAUGAAGAAAUAUUCUUAGCUUGUAUGGAAUGACACUAAAUUUUUCUUUGAGCAUUUGAAGUGCCUAUAAUUGUCAUUUUUCAUGGCAUUUCUAGCAAUUUAUAUUAGUCACUACUUGCAUUCUGGCCCUGUGCCAUUCAGAGUGCUGAUCUUGUGUGGUUAUGGGCAUGAACUUUUACUUGCAACUGACUUUUACAUAUUUGUGCAGGGCAUGAUUAUUUUUCUUUUUCUUAGAUCUGAGCCCUUUAUUUCAAUUACUUUAAAUAAGCAGUAAUAAAAAAGGCUCUUCUGAGCAAUUGCUCGCUCACUUAUUUUUAGCUUUUAUGUUUCAUUGUUGACUUUUUGCUGCCUGUGGGAAGAGUGAUAGCUAGUGAUGGAUGUAUACAGUUAAAAACACAUAACUCCUCCUCAGCUCUGCUUUUUGACAGAUUGUAAACGUAGGCUGUCACACUUGAAGAACAUAUUUAUUCCUUACUGUGUGCACUGGUUAUCCUACAAGACCAGACUAGCGCUCAGGAUAAUCCUAUGAUGAUUUCAAGUUCCAACUUUUGAAAGAAGUCAUCUCACGUGGAAGAAUCAGAAUUAGCAAAAUAAAUUAAUAUCUUAAUUUCUUUUCAGGUCUUGGGAGUUUCCUAGAUAAUGCUGCUCAGUUAUUGGGAAUAAGUAGUAAAACCACGCUCCUUUGGGUUUUUACCCUGCCUUUCCUUGGAAGACCUCAAAGUGCUUUUCCAACAUUAUAUCCAUUAACUGCUGAGUGCUCUCUGCACUGUGGCUGUGUCAUCGAGGAGGAGAACUGAGUGCAAUUGAUUAAGUAGCAGCACAAAGAAUUGGCUUUUCACAUCCCUCACUCUCUUUAUGUGCUUGUGUUUAAAGGGAAGUGGAGCAGCCUUGUUAUGCUUUCCUUUAUGCAGGAACAUAAAAGCAGCAUUCACUUUAAAAUUUACAUUUGAAAAAAAUCUGCAUAUAUUAUACAGACAGUCCUGGAUUUUUCCCCUCAUAUUUUCCUGCUCUAUGUUUUGCUGCAUCUCUUGUCUCCUGGUGCCUGAUAAUCACCUAUGCUUCGUUUUCUGCUGCCGUGAUUCACCCAUUUUUAAGGUUUUCUGCUGGUGUAGUGGAGAUAUCCUUGUGUGUUUGAUCUGCUUUCUAAUCGUCUGUGUAUAUUACAGUUACAGGAAUAUGCAGCAUUUUAAGGGAAGGGAUGCCUGACAAGCAUUUUUUAUUUUUAUCAUUUUACUAUGUUGGUGUUACUCACCAUGUAGGAUGCAUGUACAUCUUGAAUAUACAGCAACAUUCACCCUAAAGCUGAUUGUAUAAAUAUAAAAUGCUAAUGACAAGAUACGUUAAAAUAUGAAGCUGAAUUUUUUUACAUUGAUUUGAAAUUCUGGUUUAGUAAGAACUUCUGAUUUUGUGCACUUAAACCCCCUCGUUUUCUUGGCAAAGUCUAGACACAAUGCAUUUAACAUGUUUUUCACUCGAGCUCUGACAUCUACAUUUGCUUUUCAAAAGAGUUAUGAGAGAUGAUUAGUUGGUUCUGCAAUGAACAGCUGCUUUUGCCUGUUUUAUCCAGCUAAUAAUUAAUAUCUUAUAGGGACAUUUGAAAUUGAGGAAGCACCAGUUUUGUUGCGUGAGUGGUUCUUUCCAUGAUUUUUCCUGAAGAGAAUGCUUUUUACAUAAUAUUGUGGAGGGUGAAUGAUGCACUAGAUUUCUGGAACUCUGUUUUAUAGCGUGCCUUCUUUCAGGGUGUGAGUUUACACUGAAUUUAGAAAUGCUGGUUUCACCAAUCUCAGUGGUGGCUCUUGAGCUCCCUGCUCCCCUCUGACUAUUGUUGAAUUUUUAAAUGGGCCAUUCACCAGGCAGCCGAGCACCUGCUCUCACUUCUGUGUCCCUCACUGGCUCCCAGUGUGAUGCGCAGUUGUUUUGGCCCCUGUUUUUGCUGAUGUUGCAUAACUGAGGGGAGGUCUUGCCAUCCUUAACAGAAGAAGAAGUUGUAAUGCCUUCGGAUUUAUUACACUCAGCCUUGCACCUGCCCGAAGUUUGAGAAAGAAUCCUCACCGUGAUUGCGAGGGGAAGAGAGUAUCGUACUGCAUUGCCGUUCACUUUAGGAAGUAUUCACGCUGCUCUUCCUUCAGUGACAGGAACUGAUUGACCUCAAACGUUGAUAUUCUCCGUAGUGCUAGGUGCUACACCGAGCCUGAAACACAGCCUCUGCCUUUGCAACACGGAACUCUCACAUAUUUUAUAAAUUCUCGGUCAGUCACUCUGCGGUACAUCCUGGCGGCGCUCGCUGGUCUUAUUUGACAACCAAAACUCUGUUCUUUUCAAGUAAAGCAUUAUUUAAGUUGAAACUACCAUCAGGUUAAGUGAAAAUGCUUCUCUGAUAGCCACUGAGUUGAUUAAAUUGAUGGUCCAGUGUGCGUUUCCCCAAACCUUGGCUGUCCUUUUGCAGCAGAGGAUUAGUACAUCAAGAUCAGAAAAGGGAUGAUUUCUAGAUGACGAAAGCAUGAUUUCUAGAUGACGUAAAACCAAAUGGAGGCAUAUUCUCUAAUAAUAGAGAAACCAGACUAGAAAACAACAUGGUAUCUCCUCUUACCUUGGAGGAAAGAGGAGCUAAAGAACAUGCCAUUCUUUUUGAUCCACAACAAAAGCAAAUGAUAGAUCAUCCUGAAAUGGCAAAAGUAUUUUUAUUGUUUUAAAAAAGUCAUUCGUUUGAUCCAAAGAGAAAAGCUCGGCGAAGUAUAAAACAAACAGACAAAUCAUAUAGCAUGUGUAUGAAACAAAUAAAUAUACUGGAUAGUUUCAGCAUUCACUGGCAUAUAUUGAAGAAGAAUAAACUAAUAAACCAAAAGACAUUUCAGUUUAACUAGCUAUUUUUCACAACUUGUGGAAUUCUGGGAAAUACUUGAAGAUGGGGAAAUGAAACUGGUCUGAUACAACUCAGAGGAGUUGGCACGGGCUGUGGGCCUAGCUUGGGUUGUUUGGAUGGCACUCUGCUAACUGUGUGGCCUUAAGAAAAUGACUUAGCCAGCCUGUGUCCCUGUUUACUCAACUAGAAAUGGAAAUAAUACCUACCUCAUAAGGUUUUCAAAAAGACAUUAAUGAGAUAACAGCAUAGAGCUGGCAUAUAGUCAGCAUUCAGUAUUUCCCCCUCACGAUCAUGCUUAAAAAAGAAAAAAGCAUUUAAGAUUUAUUUCUCUUUCUAGUGAAAGUAAUAGUAACAUUAGAGAAAAACUAAGAAUCAUUUUCAGAUGCUUCAGAAAGGAUAUGUUCGUGGAGCUAGUCUGAAUUUGGAGAGAAAGGAAGUCUUAUCGGGGCAACCUAAACAGAGAUAAGCCUGGUUUAUGGAGGAAGUUGAUCCUUAAUAAAUCCCCAAUGAGGUAUAAUAGCCAAAUCUUUGUCUUUUACCCCAUUAGCUUGAGGAGGUGGAGGUGUGAAACCUUGGUGCUUGUGUGCCUGUCUUGGUAAGUCACUCACAAGGCCUCUCAUCGCCUCAGCUCUUCUCUAGUAUUCACACAUGGAUCGACCAUGUCAUUCCCAUCCAAAGAGCUGGUAAAGGCAGCAUCUUGAGUACAUUUUUCAACUUUGAUCUGAAAAAGCAAAAUAAGUGCUGUGGCACUGUACUGACACUUUUUUAAAUGGACAACACUUUUUUUGACCUGUAUUAUAUAUUCAUAUUAUAUACUGAUAGGCAAAAAUUUUUAAAUGAUCUAAUUAUGCAGCUAUCGAAACUUAAUCUAACUGUUUGACUGGUUCUAUCAGAGUUGAUACCAACUCUCUGUUAAAAUGGAUUAUAAGAGUGACUUGAUGUCAUAGAAAGUGUGUUCAGUUGUUCUCAAGUGUUCAAACCUUGAGUGAAGAGAAGAGUUUCCUGAGAAUUUAGAAAAACCUUUGUGGACAUUUGUUCUGGAGAAGUUGUCAGCAAGAAGCCCCCUGAAGUUUAGUGUCACCAGGUGCCACGAACCAGCCAGGUACCACAUGUGGUUUUCAACUAACUGUGAUUCUGGAAUGGAAAAGUGUGGGCCUGAGUUCCCAAAUAAUGCCAAAUUGCCAAAGUCCUGACUCAAGUUCUAGGCUUCCCAAUUCAGGAGAAACAUGGAGAAAUUGGAGAAGAAUCACUUCGUUUCGUGGUUUCAGUUGGGCAUAAUUCUGCAUGUAGGGAAAUUGAUGGGAGUUGCAUGGCAGCUGAGAAGGCUGUGGAGUGAUUUCUAGUAACAGUCAUCCAGAAUAUAAAGAGCUUCUCCCAAGAGGACGAUAUAAUCCUCCUCUUCUUUUUCUUUUUGAGGAAGAUUAGCCCUGAGCUAACUGCUGCCAAUCCUCCUCUUUUUGCUGAGGAAGACUGGCCCUGAGCUAACAUCCGUGCCCAUCUUCCUCUACUUUAUAU